AUGAAUAGGGUCAGUUUAAAUGAAAUUUAUACAUUUUGUAAUGGAACACCAACUACAAGGAACAUGGUUGAAGGAGAAAAUAUUUUAAAUUCUGGGCAUUUAAUUCACUGUGGGUAUACUAACAAAGAUGAUGCUAAUAUCAAUUUGUUUGCUAUGUGUCUUCAAACAUCUGCAUUACGAGACAAACCCCAUGAAGUUUAUGGAACUUUGAGCUUUCAAAAUGAGAUUACAUGGAUUGUAUCCCAAAUGGUUUGUUCUUGUAAAGCAGGUGCCAGUCAGACUUGUAAACAUAUUGUUGCUACAUUACUUCAUAUUAACAGAUCUGGCAUAAAUAUUUUGGAAGAAGUUUCACAGACUGACUUAAAAUGCACAUGGAAUCAAAAAAAGCCAGCUUUACAGUCGUAUGCACCUAAACCAUUAAAGAACCAUUCUUAUUUUAAUAAAAGUAAAAUACCUAAUACAAUAGGCAAUAGCUCCAUCUGA